AUGGCGUCGUCCCUCUUCCCGCAGUUCGGCAACGUGUUCGGCGCGCCCAGUUCCGCCGGUCGCAACGAACUCGUGUCGUUCCACGCUGGCAAAAUGACUGUCAAGUCGGCCGCGAACGGCAAAUUCCUCGUGACGCCGCAGCUCGAGAAGGGGAAAGUCUGUCUCUCGCGCGGCGACGAUCAGCUGCUCCACUUCCAGUGGGUGGACCGCCAGACCGGCGCGAGUCCCGAGGACUUUAUCAUCUUCCCGGACGACGCGCACUUUGGGAAGGUCGACACGGGCCGCCCCGACGAUCGCGUGUACAUUCUGCAGUACAAGAACUCGUCACGCCGCUUUUUCUUCUGGAUGCAGAAUAAGGACGCGUCACGGGACGACGAGCUGGUGAAGAAGGUGAAUGAUGCCAUGAACAACGCACAGGCGGCCUCGAGCAACGACAGCGGUCGCGUCUCUGGCAACAACGUGCAGCUAGACCACAACGCUAUCAUGCAGAUGCUGGGCGCCAUGAGUGCAGGAGACCAGGGGCGCGGAGGCGCCAAUGGCGGAGGCGUGAGUGGCGGAGGUCAGGCUGUGCAGAUGUCGGAGCUCCAGAACAUAUUGCAGAACAUGGGGCUGCCCGCGGAAGCCCAGUCGACGGCCUCGUCGCCAGCAACGUCUGCUGUGUCGUCGUCGCAGGCGUCGCAAAGCGGCGGUGGUAUCUCGACGGCAGCUACUACGGCAUCCACGCAGCACGACCAUGAUGUGAGUGGAAUGGAAGUGGACGAGAUGGACGAAGAUGAGCUCUUGCGACUGGCUAUUGAGGAAAGCAUGCGCGACGGAGGCAGCACGAACCCGGACGCAUCUGGAGAUGGCGCUGCAGGAGGUAACAGUGACUCGAGCAGCAGCAACAGACCGGCAGGCCAUGGUGGGCACAGCGACAGUGACGCCAGUGGAGGCAACAUGGACACGUCGUCUUGA